UCAUUUUGUUCUAGCGAGAUUGAAAAGUUAGGGCUUAUUAACAGAUUUAAGGAUCUAACUAGAAAAACUCAAAACUUUUUAAGUACUAAUUGAGAAAAACAGAACCUUUUUCCAUCUUUUUUUUUUUUUUCUGUGUAAGGCAGAAUGGAGAAGAAAAAAGCGGCAGUAGUAGAUCAAUCGAUGUUACUAUGCUGCAAGGUCUUCAUCUCCGAAUCACGCAACCGGGCCGCUUUGGACGCCAUUGAAAGAGCUGCUCGGCGAGACCCAGAAUCGGUUAUCGUCAACAAGUUUGAGGACAGAGCUUACAAUCGUGUCACAUACACUGUCGUUUCAUACUUGGUCCUUGAUUGUACGGGAAACGCCGUCUGUAGUCCACUGCAACAGACCGUGGUGGCCAUGGCUGAGGCUGCUUACAACGCCAUUAGCCUCGAGUCCCACUCUGGGACUCACCCUCGGUUGGGUGUAGUCGAUGACAUUAUGUUCCAUCCCUUGGCCCGGGCAUCUCUUAACCACGCUGCUUGGCUCGCCAAGGCCGUCGCUCGCGACAUUGGCACAAAAUUCCAAGUCCCUAGUCUGUUAUAUGGAGCAGCACAUGAAGAGGGGAGAAUGGCUGAUGCAAUCAGAAGAGAAUUGGGUUAUUUCAAGCCUAACUUCAAUGAGAGCCAAUGGGCUGGAGGACUAAACCAAGAGUCGUUAGCACUAAAACCUGAUGAGGGACCUGAUCAAGUGGAUCCAGGAAAAGGUGUGGUUGUAAUAGGGGCAACCCCAUGGGUUGACAGCUUCAACAUUCCUGUCAUCACCACCGAUCUGGUGGCGGUUCGAGGGAUUGCGAGGCGAGUGAGUGGAAGAGGAGGAGGCCUAGCUUCAGUGCAGGCGGUGGCACUUGCUCAUGGCGAGAGUGUGGUUGAGGUAGCUUGCUAUCUUUUGGACCCAAACACAGUGGGAGGACCUAGAGUUCAGCUCGAAGUUCAAAGGCUUGCAGAAGAAGAGGGUUUGGAUGUGUCCUCAGGCUAUUACACUGUUCUCUCUCAAGAUAAUAUCAUUCAGAGAUAUUUGCGAUUGUUUCCUUUAUCUGCAACUAAAUAAAUCAUGUGUAAUUUGUACCAAGGUUUCCUAUGUAUUUCAGUUUAUGAGACUCUCUUCUUCCUUUAAUUCUGUUUUUUUUCCUAGAGAUAUUAAUAUGAUAAACCUAUAAAUAUACAUGUUUUGUAACAUGUUGGAAUGAA